AUGGCUCUCCCGAUCAGCAGUCCCUCCCCGCGUGUGGACCGCUUCCAGCAAGCCAUGGAAUCAGUAUAUGGUAGCUUCAGCCUCAUAGAAGAUCCUAAGAGCUGGAGCCCUCCAUUAAAAUCAGGCGGGCACCGCGGUCGGUAUCUGUGGACCGAUGCAUUCGGCGUCAUCAACUUGUUGACUAUGCACCAUGAAUACAGUCGCGCAGGCGGAGAUAACGGCUCUGAUGAUAGGUACAUCCAACUUGCUCGUCGACUCAUCGAGACUGUCCAUGAUGUACUAGGUCGCACAAGGGACGGUGCAUCGCGAUUGCCUGGAGCAACCGAGUCAAAUCCUCUCGGCGGGGGAUUGCGGAUUGGAAAGACGGAUGAGCAUGGAUCCGAUUGUGAUGGACAGUAUCAUCAUUAUCUGACGGUGUGGAUGUUUGCACUGAAUCGAAUGGCCAUGGCAUCUGGUGAUAUGAAGUACAACCGUCAAGCUGUCAAUCUGGCACGCGCAAUCCACCCCAAGUUCUUCGUGGAUCGAUCAGCGGCACGCCCGCGUAUGAUUUGGAAGAUGUCCAUGGAUUUGUCAAAGUCGCUCGUCUCCUCUGAGGGGAACCUAGAUCCCAUUGACGGAUUCGUUGUCUUUCGCAUACUCCAGGCAACGGCUGCUAUGGCAGGCGACGGAGAAGUAUUGGCAGAAGAGAUUGGGGAUUACAAGCGAGUGAUGGAGCGGAAGGGGGAGCAUUUCGUUUCCAGUGAUACCCUGGACUUGGGUAUGACAUUGUGGACAGUGCAUUGGUUCUCUGAGAAGGAGAAUUGGGCCUCAAAUCUGGCAACGAGAUGCUUUGAGCAGUUGUACAACCUAUUCGAGAUUGAUCGUUAUCUUGCGCGUAACAUCAAAUAUCGCUUGGCGUUCAGAGAGUUCGGGACUUGUAUGGGAAGCCAGUGUCAGUCGCAGCAGACGACUGACAAAGAACGGGCUGUUGACCUCAAAACUUGGUCUGAUGCUAUCAUCGCCGCGUGGGAUCCAUAUAUGGAGCUCUCCAUACAUGAUGAAUAUACACCUCAAGAUUUGCGACCGAUCACUCGUGUGAUGUAUGCAUCGGCGUUGAAUGCAGGUGGUAUGAUCUUUCCAUAUCUCAGAAAGCGAGGAACAUACUUUUGCUAA